ACGACGGAUGAGUGAGGUGGUUGAAUCGAGAAAUGAGACUAGUGUGACCGAACCUUGUACUGUUCACCUGAGAGCUGACAACAAGAGUUAAGGUUAGGUUAAGGAAGCUGGACAACUGAGGGAAAGAGAUCAUAAGAUAUGGAUGAAAAAUAAGAGGCAGAAAGAAGUGCAGCACAUAGCUUGAAGGGAUAAUACUAAGUAUCUUCAGUACUAUCUAAUAUGCUCUGCAAGCUAACUCCAUAUGUUUUUGCGAUGUCCUGGAAAAACAUUGAGGAUGGGAACCUCUACAUUUGAAUGGUUUAUGAACCCUUUGCUUUUUAAGAGGGAAAUUGGCACCAGUAAUCCUGUAUAUGCUAGACGUAUGCCCAAAUUUUCCAGAAACUCAUCCUUGUCCGAAAAGGAAAUGGAUGGCCUCUUACAGCAAGAUCCUGAAGAGAUGUCCAGUGCUUCCCUUGAAGAAUUCCAGCAUCAUAUUGAUAAUAUGGAGAGUGAGGCAGUUAAGCACCAACAGUUCAUUCAACAAAAAACUAUAAAACAUAAGUAUUUCAAGGUAUAUGAACCUGCUGAAGAAAACUUACUAACUUGGGAAAUGAAGGAACAGCUGAAAUACCUACAUCAUACAGAUCCUGACGAAUGGACACCUGAGGCUUUAUCGGUAGCCUUUCCAGUUUCUCCAAAUGGAGUGAAGAAACUUUUGAGAUCAACAUGGGUUCCUGAAAAUGAACGUGAAAUUGAACGACAUGAUAAAGCUGUGAUUGCACGAUGGCGUAGGUAUACAAAUGGCCGACUUGGGAGUGCAAAACUCUUAGAACUGCUUGUGAGGAAAAGGUUAGGUCAAGAUACACAAAAUCUUCCAGCCCCUCUUAUGGAUCCGGAAAAAAUUAUGUCAACUCUUGAAUCUCUUAGAUUUGAAAAUGAGGAAAAACCAAAUAUUCCAAGUGCAUCAACUGAGAAAAAAUUACAGUUGAAAAAGAAACCAAAAAUAAGAAGUGGAUCGUUUGUCAGUAUAAUUGAAAAUUAUGAAUCCCAGGUAUCACCUAAAGAACCUACUCAGAAGAAUGAGUCUGACAAAAACCUUGAAAUCCUUGAUGUUUCUUCAGUCAUACCAAGUACACCAGAAUAUGAGGGUACAUACUCUAAAAUACGCAGUAAGAAUCCAUCCAGAAAUAUUAGAAGAAAGGUUUCAAGAAACAUGAUUACAUUCGAUGAAUUCAUGAAAGGAAAAGGGAAUUCCUAAUCUCAGCCUUUUUUAUAUUUUCAAUAUAUUUCUGUACAUAGGUUGUACAUGGAUAUAAUCUAUAAAGAUUAUAUUAUUUUUUAAGGACUAUCAAGGCUUUAUGAAGCAAAGUUGGUAGAUUUAAUUACAAGCCCUAAGUUCUGAUUUUGUAGCGCCAUUGUAAAAAAGUCACUUAAUUACAUUAAGCUACUAUAAAUGGUUCAUUGUUUAUGAAAAUUUUAAAACUCACUGUACAUCUGUGACACUAUAAUACAAAUUAUCCAUUGUAUAGUUGCUGGAAAGUGCAGUAUUUGUUGGAUUUUAUUGAUAUUCAAUAUUUCAAUUAUUUUUCUGAAAAGGAGUUGUGUAUCAUUACAAUUACCCUAUUCUAGUGUUUUAUUUAGUUAGUUUGUUACUGAUAACUUGUUCCUAGUAAUACUUUGUGAUAUUUGUAUAGUAUGACAAAGUAGCCUUAACAAAUGCUGUCUCCUCCUUAUUAGCAAUUGUGAUGAUACUUCGUAAAGUGAGGUUCUUUUA